AUGGAUGGAUCAAUACUCGCGUGUGCACACGUGCAUGCACAGAAGAGAAGAAGCCCUUUUCUUCCCCAUCCCUCCCCCUCCUUCCCCAUCCCUCCCCCUCCUUCCCCAUCCCUCCCCCUCCUUUCCCAUCCUUCCCCCUCCUUCUCCCAGUGUUCUUCCUGUGCCACCGCACACACAUCCCGCUCACAUUUCCUAGACCUGCCUUGGGCACCUUACGUCCCUGUCGAUCCACCCAGUCCCUCCAACUCAUCGCUUCAACAGCAACCCCUACAGUCACAACCUUUACAAUCACAAUCGCCGCACCUACAGCGCGCACCAGCACAGCCACCACAGUCACAUCUGCAGCAGUCACGGGAGAGCAUGGACGGUGCAGAUCUGCUGAGCAGCCUCCAGGCUUACGAUCAAUACGAGGACCUGCUGGGGGAUGAUGCAGAUGGUGACGCUGACGCUGCUCAUGCUGCUGCUGGCGGUGGUGGCAGUGGUGGUGGUGAUGGUGGUGAUGGUGGUGAUGGUGGUGAUGGUGGUGAUGGUGGUGAUGGUGGUGAUGGUGGUGAUGGGGAUGACAGGCAGCUCUACAGCAACCCGCUGUCGCUGCUAUCCCAGGACACCCCUGCUGGCCCAGCGCCCUGGCCAGUAUCAGCGGUGGUGCCCCCAUCCGCCCUUCAAGGUUACAACCGCCUCUUCCGCUUCCUGCUCGCCGCCAGGCGAACCCACCUGCACCUCGCCCUCGCAUGGUCUGCCCUGCAGCUGACGCGGGGACUGAAGGUGGAAGGGACAAUGCUGCAGCGCGUGCACUGGCUGCGGCAUCGCAUGGCAUGUGCUGUCACUGCCAUCCUCGACCACGUGGCACAUGCGGUGAUAAGCCCCAAUUUCGACUUCAUGACAUCAAAAUUGACCAAGGCUACCUCCUUCCACCAGCUUGUGCUGGAGCACCAAUCAUUUCUUGACACGUGUCUCUCAGAGGGGCUUCUGGAUUCCUGCCCGCACAUUCGAGAGAAACUAUCCGCCCUCCUCUCCAUCUCUCUUCGCUUCGCCACCACCAUCAGCGCCACCAUCCACACAGCCUCCUCCCUCCCGGACCCUGAUUCGUCAGCGUCAUCAUCAGCAGCAGGAGAAGGAGGAUGGGGAGGAGGAUCAGGAGCAGGAGGAGGAGUAGGAGGAAGGGGGGGUUAUGGGCCGGAGGGUAGAACCAGUGGAGGCGAGCUGGCUGAUUACGCUUACGGUGAUGCCACGUCAGAUGCCAAGGGACGGGCGGCUCGGGCGGCAUUUCGUCGGCAGUUAGCUGCGGAGGAGCUACAGCGGGGUUUGGAGGAGGAGGGGUUUGUUGAAGAGAUGAGGGCCAUGCACACUGCCUUUGCGGCCUCUCUCCGGGCCGCCACUGCUGCCAUCGCAUCUGCCCUCCGAGACCAUCCUGUGCUGCUCUCCCUGCACCUCGCCCUCUCCGCCGUUGCCAAAGGCCUUCCUUGA